CAAUGCCUUUCAAUGCAAUAAAUCGAAACUUUAAAAGGACAAAAUGUGAAACACCAAAACCUUUGGAUUUGUUUGCUGAUCUAUUCUCUGUAUUUUACUCAAACUAACUUAAACGUUUUGAUCGUUUGUAAAGCACACAUUUAUCUUCAUUACUGCGUCAAUGUCUAAGGAAUAUAAAGGCCAAGUUAACACAGAUGACAAAGAUACAAAAGAUUAUAUUUCAGUCCCUGUGCAGCUCAGGAUGGCAGCUGCAGUAUAUGAGAGGAGAUUUGUUCACCUGUCCGGCCACAGACGCCCUGGCACAUUGUAUCAGUGAGGAUUGUCGUAUGGGAGCAGGUAUAGCUUUGCUCUUCAAGAAGAAAUUUGGAAUUAAAGAGGUUCGUGCUCAGGACAAGCAUCCAGGCCAGUGUGCUGUUCUUAAAAAAUCUGAUCGGUUUGUGUACUACCUGAUCACAAAGCCAAAAUACUACCAGAAGCCCACAUAUGAGACUCUUAGAGAGAGCCUUGUGUGUAUGAGAGACCACUGCUUGGCCAAUGGUGUUGAGAGGAUAUCCAUACCUCGGAUUGGCUGUGGGCUGGAUAAAUUGAAAUGGGAAAAUGUGUCGUCCAUUAUUACCGAAGUCUUCCAGAACACAGACGUCUGCAUCACUGUCUAUUCAAUUUAGAUCACAGCAAGUCUGAAACUCACAUUUAUCUUUAUGAUGAUUGAUUCCAAUGGAAUUUAGCUGUUUUCCGUUGGUUUUCCACUAUUUAUGUUGGUGGAGGUUAGUAGGUGUAGACUCUACGAAUGUACAUUAUUACACUAUUAUGUAUAUUCGAUUUUGUUGAUUUAUUCACUUACUCCUGUUAGAAAACUAAAUUAUGUUAUUCUGUUCAACACUAGAGGGCGUUUGUACUGUUGGAUUGUUUUGAAAUGAAGAAAUCUCAAAAUUAUGAAAUUUUAAAUUAUAUGUUGAAUACUGGUUACAAGUUGAAUACUACUUUCUAUUUUUAUAUUUGUUUCAUUAUAAUAUCACCCAAAAUACAAACCCACUGUAUUGUUAAUCAUAAGACUUAAUAACUUAAUUAUCUUUAAAGGCGGGGUGCAUGAAUUUGAAAAACACUUUGGAAAAGGGAGUCGGGCCACUCCCAAAACACACUUGUAGCCAAUCAGCAGUAUCUUUUGGGGUAGGGGCGUGUUUGUUUAGGUGAUUUCAAAUGUCAACAUUGGCUUUUAGAGAUCAUGCACCCCGCCUUUAAUAUAAUAACAUUAAAGGAGCCUAUUCGCUAUGACAAUUCCAUAUAUUUAAAAAAUAAUUUUAACAGACAAAGUUGUAAUAUUUGUAUUUAAAAGCAAGUCAAGACUAGAGUCUGAACAUUUUUCCUAAAUUACUGACAAACGCAUGCUUGUAACUAAUAAUAACUAAUGUUACUCUGCAACAUACAAAUCAAGUAUCCCAUAUAUUUAACAUCCCUAAUAAAUACCUUACAAUAGUAAGGUCAGAAUU